ACCCACACCGCUCCAUCGCGUGUCUUCAUCCGUACACCUCGCCUCACUCAGGACCCUUCCCAAGAGACGGUUAUAUUCAUAUUUUGAGUAACGCACUUCACUGCGUCCCAACCCAGACCGCAAUGUCCUCUCAACCUUGCCUUAUGACUCUCGGAGGUAUUGGGGCGAUUUACAAGCUAAAUGACUUUGUCGUCGUGAAAGUACCUCGCGACCCAGUCGAACCCGAUCAUGCAGCCGAGCAACGCGUCUUUGAUAUUCUUGAGCGCUACCCGGCUCACCCACAUUUGGUCCGAAGUUUCUUCCGCAUCCCGGCUAGGACCUUUUUGGAGCGGCUUCCGGGUGGCGACCUUGCAUCACUCCUACGUACCCAACAGACAAGAGACACAAGUACGCAGCAAGUGUUAGUUGCAAAGGGGCUAUCACUGGAAAGAUCCUUCUGGUGGAUGAGGGAGCUCACCUCAGCCGCUGCCUGGCUUGAAAGGAUCGGUCUCGUACACGGCGACAUUCGACCCCCAAAUAUCCUGAUCGAUGCCGAGGGUCACAUCAAACUCUGUGAUUUCGAUCGUGCAGCUAAGAUUGGAGAACGGCUCGAUGCUGGCACCGAACCAUUUGCUCGACUGCUGGGUGACGAAGGAGGCCGAGAUCGCGGAACGUACGGAAAAGCCGGUCCUCGGACAGAGCAAUUUGCACUCGGCUCAGUUCUUUAUUCAAUGACACGAGGAUAUGAUCCAUACGAAGAUCAAUGGUUUGGAUUGGAUCAUGAUUGUACUGUUAUGGAUAUGCUUCAGCGAAGGGAGUAUCCUGCGUUGACACGUUCCCAAGACACGAUCAUAUCCGAAUGCUGGAAUGGGAAUUAUGUCACCAUCCAGAACCUUGAGAAUACGAUGUUGGAAAUAGCCUCUGGACCGUAUGAAGAAGCCAAGAUUGAAAGCACAGCAUGGUAUGUCUAGCAUCAAGAGGAGUGCAAGGAAAUGGUUACAAAGGGCAUCAUGGCUACCCUUUAAAGAACGUCGGUAGGGUACCACGGCUCGUGAAGGCUAGGAUAAAGGGGAUGAAGAUUUAGAGAGGGUAGGCAUCUGUGCCGUACGAGAGCAAGGAGGUAGCCUACUUGGAGCUAAGAGGCUGGUGGAUGGGGAGGAAAUUGCUGGAAAAGUGCAGAGGGCCGGCGAUCAAUGACAUGAUAUUGAGAACUAAUCGAGCUAGUCUCCGUUACCUUGGGAGAAUUUGCUGGUAACCUACCCUCAUAGCA